AAAGGCGUGGGGGCGGAAAGUGCGGCUCUGUGGCCGUCCCGGAAGUCGUGCACGAGGAAUGGCCUUGGAAGGGAAGAAAAAGCUGCGGCAAAAGAAAAGCGCGGGGCGCAGGGCGCGCGCGGAGGACGACGGCGGGAGCGCGGCCGGAGACUACCUGGUGGGACAGGUCGCCGACAGCUUGCUCCGUGGCCAGCGCGCUCCGCGGGGCGGCGCGACCCGGCUGGCCGCCCUCUUCAGCGCCUCCGCGCCGCGGGCCAGCCCGGUGUACGUCCCCGCGCCUCAGGAAGCCUCCCGGAAGCGGAAGCGCGAGCAGGACCCGGAGAGCGCACCCCAGGUGCGAAGGCCACUCUUGCAAGAACCUUCAAAAAAGACGAAAGUGAAGAAGAAACCCUCCCCCGCAGAGGUCAAGCUGGCCGACAGGGAAAGUGCUCUAGCAAGGGCUGAUUUAGAAGAAGAGAGUCACCAGAAACAAGGGCAGAAAACAAAAAAUCCCCAGUCUAGUGUUAAAGUAACCGAUAGACAAGUACUUAAUGAUGUGGAUCACAGUGACAGUGUAAGUCAAAGGAAGAAAAUUGAAAUCAAUCAAGAAGAAGAAAGAUUAAAGAAUGAGAGGACUGUGUUUGUUGGGAACUUGCCUGUCAUGUGUAAUAAGAAGAAACUGAAGUCAUUUUUUAAGGAGUAUGGACAAAUAGAAUCUGUACGAUUUCGUUCUCUGAUUCCAGCAGAGGGAACUGUAUCCAAAAAGUUAGCAGCAAUAAAACGUAAAAUUCAUCCUGAUCAGAAAAACAUUAAUGCUUAUGUUGUGUUUAAGGAUGAGAUUGCUGCUACAAAAGCACUGAAAAGAAAUGGGGCCCAGAUUGCAGAUGGAUUUCGUAUUCGAGUUGACCUUGCAUCGGAGACCUCAUCUAGAGACAAGAGAUCGGUGUUUGUAGGGAAUCUACCUUACAAAGUUGAAGAAUCUGCCGUGGAGAAGCAUUUUUUGGACUGUGGGAGUAUUGUGGCAGUGAGGAUUGUGAGAGACCCAGUUACAGGAGCUGGCAAAGGAUUUGGCUAUGUGCUCUUUAAGGACACAGAUGCUGUUCAUCUUGCUCUGAAAUUAAAUAAUUCUGAGUUAAUGGGAAGAAAACUCAGAGUCAUGCGUUCUGUGAAUAAGGAAAAAUUAAAACACCAAAAUUCAAAUCCAGGUUUGAAAAAUGUCAGUAAACCUAAGCAGGGACUUAAUUCUGCUUCCAAAGAUGCAGGACGUUCUAAAAGUGUAUUUAUUGGAGAAAAAGCUGUUUUGAUUAAAAAGAAGAAGAAAGGACAGAAGAAAAGUGGACAAGCUAAGAAACAGAGAAAACAGAAGUAGCCAUCAGAAACUUUGUGGUCUCUUUCCCAUGGAGGACUGUCGAUUUAAGUGAAUGAAACCAGGAGUUGAGUCAGGAAGUUUAUGGAUCCCAUGUGUGAAAUGUGGAGACUUCCACAGCCUUAGUUGGUCUGCAUCAUAAUGCUACCUUUGAAGCAUUUGUUUUUAGAUGUAAGCAAACUAGUUACAAUGGAUUAUGUGUCACUACUGAAAGUAUAAGAGAUGAUUUUGGACCGAGGGUGAAUGUUAAUAUUUUAAUGAUUAUUUAUUAGUGUAUAUUAGAAAUACAAAUUUUUAUACUUGUUAUUGCAUAUAUUAUUACUUGGAAUGAGACUAAGUUAAAAAGGAAGUAAACUUAAAGAAAAGCAAACCUUAAUUACUGACUGUACUUAGACCACGUAGUGGCCAUUAAAUAGCCUUAAAGUGGGAAUGCUGAUCCCAUGUCCACACCCUGAAAAAGAGUCAAGAACUCAAGAACUGUUAUAGAAUAUCCACUCAUUUUUCUUUUCUUUUCUUGCACUUGAGACAAGUGUACUUCUGGAUUUUUAUUUUAUUCUACUAACCUAAUAGUAACUAACCAACAGGAAUAUAAAAUGAAAUGUGGCUCUGAUUUCUUAUAUGUAACCGGUGACUAGAUUGGUUAUUGAAGUCCCUGGCAAAUUGGUCAAUUUCCACUUUUAUUUUUUAUUUUAAUUUGAGAAAUAUUCUUGGAAAACUUGUGUUCCUUAAAUUAGUGUCACUGUGUAGAAUAAAAUGGUCUUUCCAAAAAAUCAUUUUUAAAGAAAAAGUUUUCUACUAAAAUACAGUAAGGCACAAAGUAUAAAGAAAGCAAGGGAAGAGAAUAGCACUGCAUUCACCUGGUGACAAGCUGGUACCACCACUCUCACUUAUCUUACCAAGCCGGGUUGUAUGUGGGAGGAACCUGGGGUUGGGAGAGGUAGAUGAUGGUGGCUGAUCUCAGGCAGGCAGAAUUUGCAGUGCACAAAGUGGGUGUGCAGUCAAGGGAAACUGAGUUACAGCUGAUUGUUUUGAAAAUCCUGUCUGGGGAAUAGCACACGGAAAACCUAGUGGAUUUUUAAAAUAGUCCUGUAGAGAGUUGAAAGAGCUUCAUUUUCCUGUAUCCAGAGACUGCACGUUUUAUAGUUGGGAUCACUUACGGUAUUUAGAACUUUGUUUUCAUAACUAAGGUUCAGUAAAUAUUUAUUAGCUGAUGAUUGUCGAGCAUUUUUGCACAUAUUUCUAGUAAAAUGCAACAUCUAUAGACUAUAGGUUUUAUGUCCAUAUGUAGCUUGUGCAUACACUUGUGACUGUCCUAUAAAUUGGCAGCUUUUUAAAGCACAACAGUAACAUUAAAAUUUUACUUCAUGUUUGUUACUGUUUAAUUGAAAUUUGUACUUUCUCUGGGCAGAAUAUGCAUGUGUUACUAUAAUAGUUUAAAACACAUGACCUACGGAAAAAGGAAUAUGUUUUGUAGAAAAAUUCCCACUUUGUGUAAAUCUUUGUUACCUGAGAAAAUACUGGUAUCAUGCUGUGAUUAAAUUUUUAGGCACAAGGGUUAUGUAUGGGUGGGGCUGGGGAUAUAGCUCAGUUGGUAGACUGCUUGCCUCGCUUGCACAAGCCCCUAGGUUCAUGUGGCUAGACUUUUAAUGAUUGUAAAUAAAUAUUAUUGGUUGUCUUGAUUGAUCAUGA